AUGCCUUCCAUAUCUUCUCUUCUGAAGCAUAGAAGUGAAAGUCAAAAUGAGAAUCGCAUGAGCUUGAGUUUAAGCGUGACUCCAGAGAAGUUACAAAGAAAAUCGAAGCGCAACUUCUUUCGAAACCUUUUCAAAAUCUCUAGCUUCUCCUCCAAAGACAAGCCGGGGAAGGAGCAGUCCGUGGUAACUUACUUUUCUAUUGAAUCACCGACAAUCCCAAUACAAACUCCUACAACCAACCCCUCAAGUCCCAUGUCGAAUCACAAUAAACCUCUUCCGCCGCCACCACCUUCAAUCAAGGAGUCUGCGUCUUCGGAAGCGAUAUCUUCUAGGCCUUACAAGAAACUAGAUAGGAUAAUCUCACCUCUUACGGAUCAAGAGCUUCGCGAACUAUUUUCUGGAGCUCCUCAGUUCUAUGCACGUUCCGAAGGUCAUCACACAGGCGCACCGUAUCCUAAGAUAGCUUUCCCUUGGGACUCAAGUUUGCAGAUACGAGAUCUGUCCGAUCAUGUGCAAAUACAAGAUGAGGCAUGGGGUUGUAUCACAGCGUGGCCGCAUAUCACGAGAGAAGCUCCAAUAAGUCUGGAAGGUGCGAAGGUUACUGAGAAACGCCGUGCCCAUUUUAUGCCACGAUGUCGCGAACGACCGAACAUGCUCAGUAUGCAGGGUAUUGAAAAGGGAACUGUGGGGUACCAAGCGGCUUUGGAGUUAGGUGUAGCCGAUGCGUUAAACGAACCCGAGGAGAUACAGCCUGAUUCUGGGCUCUAUUCACUUUUCUAUAGGCGAAGGGGAUUCGCAAAUGGCAAGGAUGGAAUAAGACCUCUCGAUGAGUCCGCUGUUUACGAACAUCUUAUGGAUAUUGGUGUUUCUUACCACGAGGAUCAAAUGCAUAGCCGUUCUACUGUUGAGCUUUAUUCCGAGCUAUUCACACAGAUUCUGUUUCCACCUUCUAGAGUUACCGAUACAGAUGAUCCUUAUAGUCUGCAGGUCCAAAUUGAGAAUCCGUCUUGGACAGAUACUAUGGGCCAGCAACUCGAAAGUGAUCUAGGAGAUGGCAUCUCUAGCAAUAGUGAAUCCACGAAUGACCCCGAGGAUCAGAAGUAUUGGCUGCUGUUGCAAAUAUUACUUUCGUGUGAGUUGUUAGUACGACUUGAUACAGUGUCUCAGAAUAUCGAUAAUGGUCUAGAGCCUGCUAAACCUGCCGAUGUUAAGAAGCUCGAAAAAAGUAUGACACCCAGUGUUAAGUGGUCGCUUAUCUUAGCUCGAUCCUGGCUCGAAAACAUUCGCAUUGAACAAAGUAUUGCCGAAAUAAUUCCAGAAAGAAAAGCUUCCGGGUGGUUGGCGUCGUUGACUGGAGCAUCAGCCUCGAUCGAGAAUAGUGCACCCCCCGAAAGUGUCCAGACAUAUCAAUUUCGUGGGAGAAAUGAGACUAGACAACUAGCCGGACUAUUACAUUUCGCUCAAAAGUUAAAAUGGCCUCAUUUGGAUAAAUUGAACGCAAAGGUCUCGUCAAAUGAUAUAUACAUCUCCGACAGUAUUCAAAAUACACCAUCUACCGGAACACCCAUGUCGGUUUCAACCCAAAAAACUUCUUAUUUUAUGAGUCAACGGCCUGUUCCACGACGAGGCUUAUCUAGAUCGACACAGAGAAUGUCUGCUCUGAUAAAUUCUUCUGGAUGGCUGUCAAAUUCUUACAUCAGCGGCCUGAUGCUCCCUGGUGAAGGUCUAAGCCAUUUUCUGAUCUCAACAUUAUUAGAAAAUGAUGAUGCUGCAGUCGAGAAAUUGGGAGACGAGGCCAAUCUGUAUGGUGGGUUUGUGUUCGGCCAGAGAAGCUUUUGGAGCACAGCUUGUAUAAUUGGCCGGGUCUUGGCUGCUGAUAAAAACUCGUCCGAAUGUAUGGGAUGGAUCUCAUCGGAUGUCAAACCUAGAGGAAUCUCUGGCGAGGCUUGGGUUAACAUAGAUGUUGAUACAGCAUCAGUAGAAGAUGCUACCACAGACACCCCUAGAAUCCUUCAAAAAGCUGUCAUUGAAAGGGAUGGAAGUGUUAUUGGUGGAGCAGAUCCUUCAUCAAUACUUCCGGGUGAUUUUGUUGCAGUUUAUGAUUCCCCGACAUUAAAUCCUCCAUCGAUAACUUUUGAGUCACUAGAUCUUUUUGCUGUUGAUUCAGAUGAGACAACGCCUACUGAAGAAGAGCCAACCCCACAGACAGAACUAUCAACAGCGCCGAGUAUUAAAACAUAUUCUGCAAUGAUGAGAUUUUUAUUGAGUCUUGACGGAGAUGAUAAGAAGGAAAUCAAUGUUGCUCUGACUCAUGAUAUUCAUUUCGUUACCGCUCAUCCAUGUGUAAAAUCUCAUAGUAUCGAAGUCUUGAAGUCUCCUACAAGUCCAUUAUUCCGACAAAAUGGUGAUGAAAGCGAUCAAAUUCCUAAUCCGAAUAUGGGCCACCCCCUUCACAAGGCUUUCACAUACACAAUCAUACCUCUCCAAUACAUACUCACAUCCCCGGCAUCGAAAUCUCUUUCCUCUCUACUCAUCUCACCACCGAGAUCACCAGUCGAAGGGGCUUGUUCGGCAAAUAUACAGGCUAGUACUCAUACUACUACAAGUAAUAUUCCAAAAGUUUUGGUGAUAGACUGUGCGAGUACCAUACUACCGCCUUCGCCUCCUGAUGAGGUAAAUGUGAAUUUGGAUUUGGAAGUGGAAAUUGGGAGUGGGGGGAGGAAAAAAGAAUUUGGAAGUGAUGCGGAAAUGUUGGUGAGAGCUUUAUGUGCAGAAAGGGGAUGGAAUGCGUUGAUCAGUAGGAAGGGGAGAGGAUGUUUAGCUUGUGCAGUUAGAGAGGCCGGGGCAAUAGGAUGGGGGGUCGUGAUUAGAGUUUAG